AUCUGGAUGCAGAUUAUCGAGCUUUCUUAUAUAGGGCAUUGGGUUGUCAUUCGCACACCUCUCUGAGGUUUUCAGAACAGGAAAAUAGGUGGGGUUAACUUUGCCUGUGAGAAACGUUUUGGGUGAGCUAUGAUUUCAGUUGAAAGAUGUGUUUUUGUGACUGGAGCUCCGCUGAAGAAUUGAAGACUGUUUUGUAUACUCUCUGCAGAGGUGUAGCCAUGAUUCUUUCCACCUAUAAUACCAUCCAGUCGAUUUUCUGUUGCUGCUGUUGCUGUUCUGUGCAGAAGCGACAAGUGAGAACACAAAUAAGCCUGAGCAAAGAUGAAGAACUUUCAGAAAAAUGUACUCAACGUCGCAGGCCAUGGUUCAGCGAAUUGCCAAGUAAGAAGCAAUCCAACAGGGGCCGUGUGCAACCAUCAAAACGCAAACCGCUGCCUCCCCUCCCACUCUCUGAGGUUGGUGAAGAGAAGAUCCAAGUGAAGGCUCUAUAUGAUUUUCUGCCCAGAGAGCCCUGUGAUUUAGCAUUAAAGAGAGCGGAGGAAUACCUGAUAUUGGAGAAGUAUAAUCCUCACUGGUGGAAGGCAAGAGACCGUUUGGGGAAUGAAGGCUUAAUCCCAAGCAACUACGUGACUGAAAACAAACUAACCAACUUAGAAAUAUAUGAGUGGUAUCAUAGAAACAUUACCAGAAAUCAGGCAGAACGUCUUUUGAGACAAGAGUCUAAAGAAGGUGCAUUCAUUGUCAGAGAUUCAAGACAUUUGGGAUCCUACACAAUUUCUGUGUUUAUAAGAGCUAGAAGAAGUAUGGAGGCUACCAUCAAACAUUAUCAGAUUAAAAGGAAUGACUCAGGACAGUGGUACGUGGCUGAAAGACACCUCUUUGAAUCAAUUCCUGAUUUGAUCUGGUAUCACCAGCACAAUGCAGCCGGUCUCAUGACCCGUCUCCGCUACCCAGUUGGGCUGAUGGGCAAUUGUUUGCCGGCCACAGCUGGCUUUAGCUAUGAAAAGUGGGAGAUCGAUCCGUCUGAGUUGGAUUUUGUAAAGGAGAUUGGAAGCGGUCAGUUUGGGGUGGUCCAUUUAGGCAAGUGGCGAUCACAUAUCCAGGUAGCUAUCAAGGCCAUCAAUGAAGGCUCCAUGUCUGAAGAGGAUUUCAUCGAAGAGGCUAAAGUGAUGAUGAAAUUAUCUCAUUCAAGGCUAGUUCAGCUUUAUGGAGUAUGUACACAGCGGAAGCCUCUUUAUAUUGUGACGGAAUUUAUGGAAAAUGGCUGCCUGCUUAACUAUCUCAGAGAGAGAAAAGGAAAGCUUAGGAAGGAAAUGCUACUGAGUGUGUGCCAGGAUAUAUGUGAAGGAAUGGAGUACUUGGAGAGAAACUGCUUUAUUCAUAGGGAUUUAGCAGCAAGGAACUGUUUGGUCAGUUCUACAAGUGUAGUAAAAAUUUCGGACUUUGGAAUGACAAGAUAUGUUUUGGAUGAUGAAUAUAUCAGUUCUUCUGGAGCCAAGUUCCCAAUCAAGUGGUCCCCUCCUGAAGUUUUUCAUUUCAACAAGUACAGCAGCAAAUCUGACGUCUGGUCAUUUGGAGUUUUGAUGUGGGAAGUUUUUACAGAAGGAAAAAUGCCUUUUGAAAAUAAGUCAAAUUCGCAAGUUGUGGAAGCCAUUUCUAAAGGUUUCAGGCUGUACCGCCCUCACCUGGCACCAAUGUCCAUAUAUGAAGUCAUGUACAGCUGCUGGCAUGAGAAACCCAACGGCCGCCCUACAUUUGCUGAGCUGCUGCAGGUUCUCACAGAGAUUGCAGAAACCUGGUGACCUGAAUGGAAUGCCACCCCAGAGGAUCAUCUUGCAAAACUGUCACAAAAAGAAACCGUGUGACGGGUCCCUGACGGUCACUAUCUUCCUUUAGAGUUGCUGACUCUUGGAAACAGUGCAAAGAUCACAGGCUUUUCAAACUUUUUAAAAUUUAAGGAUAUUUUGACAAUUUUUCUACGUGUAUAUUUGAGAGGAACUUCUGAACUCUUAGUUUUCUGUAAUAUUCUUCAUGUCUCAUAUGUGAAGAAGGAAAAAAGGCUCCAUAGCAGUCUUCAUAGUGGCUCUCUUCAUGAAAAUAGCCCUGAGAGCGCCUGAGGGUACAUGACAACCUGAUCCUUUACAGGGCUUAGGAAAUUUCAUUCCUGAAGAGGAGUGGCAUUCUUUACUUCAGUGUUCCAUGCAUAGAAGAUGAAAAUAAAUUCUGCCAACUCAUGGAAUAAAGGAGCCUCCCCUGCAGAAUUUCAUGCUUUUGAGCUGUACAGAUCUUUACAGAAAAUGCACCAUAAGAAACCACAUGAACAUGAGCAUUCUGGAACAGUCUUUUAUAGUCUUCCCUAUGUUAUUUAACAAAUUGUUUUUGUACAUAUCUGAUUAUUUGGGAGACAGUUUUUUGUAUUCCAGUUUUAAACACUGUUUUGGGACAUAAUCAAGGGUUUUCUUUGAACAGGUCCUGGUGACAUUUCUAUUUCUAGUGCUAUCCAUUGUCAGGGACAAUUCAGAGCCUGAGUCUCAAUUCUGCGAUUUCACACUUGGUACACUUGAAAUUGGACAAUUUAAGAAGCCUCAUUUUGUCAUAAAAAGUACCUCCUGUAGCUUUCUAGAAGAUGACCUGGUCUUUCCACAAGAACAAGAGGAGGCAAAAACAAGAUAUCCAAAUGUUA